AUGCAGCUAAUCUGGAGGAUCUUGGCUGUGCAGGCGUUGAGCGCCAUCGCAGCAAAGACUUCCCGGCGUUUGCCGCUUGAAGCGACGGAGCCGUCGUCGGACGGCUCCGAGCGUGAGUUUACCGUCUUUGACAAGAAGACGUGCGUGGGGACCCCUUACACGAAGAACCUGGAGGAGUCUUGCGUCGGAUGGGAGGGGCUCACUGCGGAAGAGUGCGAAUUGAAGUGCGCCAGUAAUGAGAAGGCGCCGAACUGUCCCAAGGAGACUUGCCAUGCAGCUGUUUUCUAUCCCGCCAGUGGUGGAUGCCACCUUUUCCAUGAUUGCAAACAAUUUCAAGCUUCCAUCGGCUCAGAGACGAUGAUUGACCAGGAGAUGCUGAAACAAGAGCAGGAGACGGAGCAACGGCAAGUAAUUCAGCUGGGCAAGUCUACAGACCUGGUGACCGCGAUGCCCAUCGUGCUUCUGAACUUGACGAACAUCUCUACAUUACUUCGCAAUGGCCACCACAGCCCUGGUAUCGUGCAUGCCUUCGGCGACAUCACGGCCGACCGGGAGAUGCUGCUUGACAAGGUGCACGGUUUCUUUCUGGUGUUGCGCGAGAAGAUGACUGCGGAAUCUGGCCAGAGGUACUGCCCAUUCGGGAGCGAAGCCGUUAUUUCCGAGUGCAUUACCAUCGCACAGUGCAUCCUCCAAAGAGCUGUGCCCACAGAGGUUGAUAUGGAGACCUUUGCCUCCAUCACCGAGCAAGUUGCUCGCUUUGAGGAAAUUACGUGGCCACUCCUCAAGGGCGCCCUCAUCCAAGAAGGGGAUGAAGACGAGGAUAGGACCAUCCCUGCAGAGCUGCGCUGUGACGGCUUGGAAGAGGCGGACCCGCAUGCCCUCGCUGCACCAGCAUUCCUGCAACGAGAAGCCAGGGCUUCAGAGGGCUCAGUACAUGCUGAAGCGUUGGCUAUGUCCAGCGCACUUCAACGUGCAACGGCCUCAACACACCGCAUCCUGAAUGCUCAUGGGGUGAACUCAUCGAUGCAUUCCACGGGCAAGCAGUUGGAGCAGCUGUGGCGGCCAAUUUGUGAGAAGCUGCCGUGCGACCCAACCAACAUGCACGAUGUCUUUGUGGCCUCGCACAAGCAGAGCAUGGCACUCUUCGAGACUGGGGCCGUCGGCCACCUGCACCUGGAGAUCCGGCAGCGUGUCAAGUUGGAUGCUCGUCUGCAGCACUUCGUGGCCGAGCACCACAGUGAGGAGGUGCACUUCUUCCACGAGGGCCUCCUCGAGAGCUCCGUAGAGGCAGCGCAAAGCUACGCGCUGCGAGGCCGUAAGGCAGUGAUGGAGGUCAUCUUGCCCUUCAUGGAGGACAUGACCAACACGGAUCCGGAGCGGGCUCUGCGACUGGUGGACCAUGUGGAGUUUGCCAAGUAUGCGCACGUCCUGGAACAGAAGGAAACGAGCCAGAAGCACCAGAGGCUGAAACUGGAUAAUGGGCAUUUGCGCAUCGAGGAUGUGGGAGAUAUGAGUGACCAAGACGAAGAUGACCUGGAGGACGACCCAGAAAGAGUCCAACUGGCAGGGGCGACAGCCGCAAAGGUGCGGGCAGAGCAGGGGAGAUCCCUUUUGUCGCUGACUCUGAAUGAGACGGGAAACGACGUUUCCCCUCACUCGUGCGUGGGGAAAACCGUGGCGCUGUGGAAUCAUGCCCAUCAGCACUACAUGCGUAUGUCUGAUCACAGGGUGGAGAGGGGAGCGCAUGGAUGGAGGGAUUGGGACGACAUGCCGUACAGCUGGACAUGGGAAAGGUUUGUGUGCGUGGACAUCGGUAAUGGAGAGAUCGCUUUCCACAACACACAGUGGAACCGCUUUUUGCGCUUGAACAACCACGGCAAGGUGGACAGAAGUAGCGAGUGCAGUCGAGAUUUCCUUCCAAGUCAUUGGCAUUGGGAGCGGUUCAAGUUGAAAGAUAUGGGGAACGGCCACUUCGCAUUGUGGAGCACAGCAUGGAACAAGUUCGUUAAGAUGGACCAUCACUCUGCUAUAACCAGUGUUGCCAGAUCGGGCAUUAACGACAUCCCUUCCGGGUGGACCUGGGAGAAGUUUUACAUUCAAGAGGUCGCACCAGCCUCCACAAUGAGUUUUUGGUUCUGCGCCCGGACAGUUGUCUUGUGGAAUCAUGCCUGGGGCAAAUACGUGCGUAUGGACAAGCAUCAAAACAUUGAAAAGAAGGACAGUUCAUGGAAGGAUCCGUUUCCAAGUGGAUGGGAGUGGGAACGGUGGGUUCCUAUCAUGGCCGGACAUGGCGAAGUCGCUUUCCACAGCACCAAAUGGAACCGCUUCUUGCAGAUGAACGACAAUGGUAAGAUGGCUGCGAGUGGCGAACGCAACAUCCAAGAUCUUGUCGAGUGGAUGACGUGGGAGCGCUUCAGGGUGGUGCAACUGGAAGGCGGCAAGAUUGCACUCUACAACACAAAGCACAAAAGGUUCAUGAAGAUGGAUGGGGGCAAUGACCUCGUCACGCAGGGUCCGAUGAACUACUGGGACCUUCCGGCACAUUGGAACUGGGAGAGAUUUGACAUCAAGGAAGUCGGGGAAGCCUCCCAUUGCAACUUCUGGUGUAAGCUCGCGUCGCCCUUUGUGAAGGUUUUCAAGGCUGUGGUAAGUUUCGUGGCCAAGCUCUUGGAGUGCUUCGGCCAGUUUGCUAUAACCGCAAGCGGCGGCUAUGGCCGGCCGAUCAACACCAAUGUUGCCGUGAAUUUCGGGGUGUCUGGC